AUGUCGGAUACAGUCAACCCCAUCGUACCAGGCUUCGCUCCAGAUCCAUCCGUGGUAAAAGUGGGCGACUGGUUUUAUCUCAUCAACUCCAGUUUCCACGUUUUCCCCGGUCUACCUAUCUACUCCUCUCGAGAUCUGGUAUCAUGGCAGCAGAUCGGAAAUGCAAUCAACCGUCCGUCCCAGCUCAGCCUCGCAAAGUCGCAGGCAAAUCUCUACUCGGUGGAUGAUGGCAAGUUUAUGGUCGGGAGUGGAGGCCUGUACGCACCGACGAUCCGUCAUCACCAGGGCACAUUCUAUGUCGUCUGUACCAAUGUCAUUCGUGCACCGGGGAAGAAUAGGGAUGCGACGGAGAAUUUCAUAGUCUCCACCGAUGAUAUCUGGUCAGGCACAUGGAGCGACCCGAUCUAUUUUGAGUUCGAUGGAAUCGACCCGAGUCUUCUGUUCGAUGAUGAUGGAAAAGUCUACCUACAAGGGUCGGGUGGAUUAGGACCAGGCACCACAAUCAACCUCUUCAAAAUCGACCCGAAGACCGCCGCAAAAUUGUCGGAGGAGAAAGUGAUCUGGCGCGGCACCGGUGACAUUUAUCCGGAAGGACCGCACUUGUAUAAGUUCAAAGGCUGGUACUAUUUGCUCAUCGCGGAGGGCGGCACCCAUGGCGGGCAUAUGGUGACCAUGGCACGCUCUCAGAACGUCUUUGGCCCAUACGAAUCGUGUCCAAACAACCCGGUCCUCACGGCGCGUGGUACUCAAGAGUAUAUCCAAUAUACCGGCCACUGUGAACUAUUCCAGGACGAGAAGCGCCAAUGGUGGGGAGUCUGCCUUGGGGCCCGCCUAGAGGACCAAGGGAGAUGCCCCAUGGGUCGCGAGACCUUUUUGACUCGGGUGGACUGGGAUGGUGAAUGGCCCGUCUUCGAUCAAGUGAAAUCGAACCCUCGCAGCCUUUCAGCAACCCGUUCGAACUCACACCUCGCGGCGGAAGCCCGGAUGGACUACCUCUACAUUCGAGAUGCUGUCAUGAGCAAUUACCGACUCGAGAAUAAUGAUUCGUCUGUGACAUUGACAGCGUCAUCGGUCGAUUUGUCCCACCCGGAACACAGUCCGACCUUCAUUGGCAAGCGGCAACGGCAAUUAGCCGGCACGAGCACAGUGGUCCUUGAAGGAAUCGAAGGUUCCUGGAGCUCUGCAAAGAUCCAGGCUGGGCUCGCCUGUUACAAGGAGGAGCACCGCUACUCAAGGAUCUACUACGACGCUGCUCAGCAGGCGGUAGUCCUUGAACUGGUCAAUGCUGCUAAGAAGAUUGUUCGAACUGAGAAACACACCCUCGGGGAAGUCCCUCGCUCCUUACUUUUCCGGAUAGAGUACACUGAGAAGCAGUAUUCUCUGCUUUAUUCAUUUCUACCCCACGUCGGGAAUGACUGGACGUGCCUGGGAACAGUUGAUACUCUGGAUGUGACUGAUCCCGAUUUCACCGGCCCGAUUAUCGGCGUCUACGCUGUUGGGAAGGCGGAGGGCGUGCAAAUUCAGUUCGAGGGCCUAAAUGUCGACUAA